AUGUGCUUCCUUUCUUCCGCAUGCUGCGCAGCGAUCACGACGGCGCGCCCUGUGAAGGACAAGAAUGACAAGAAUGACAAGAAUGACGGGAAGGAGGGACCCUUAGAUGCGGGUCCGUGCCCUCUACCCAAGCCGAAAGAGGCUGAGGCUCUCGGGAAUCUGACGGCAAUUCUUGCGGCGCGGCUGAACGGAUCCAGCGUGGUUGGGCCACAGGGCGACGCCAACGCCACCGAGCGAGUCUGCCUUGCCGUCUUCCAGCUAGACGACGACUACAACGUCUUCUACAGUGUCAUCACCUCCACCUCCGACGAAGCCGAGCCGUUCGGCGCGACGAUCUAUCAAGGCGCAGCAGGAGAGGCGGGAACCGCCGUUCAUAAUACUGUCGUGGCAGGAGAAACAGCCACGUGGGCGAAUCUUACCCGUCCACCGCCUCCCCCGCCCAAGGGCAAGAAGAACAAGGGCACACCGCCCCCUCCACCGCCUCCGAAGUACACUUAUGGCACUAACGCAACAUGGCUUAAAGCGAGCACAGUGUCCACGAUCGGCGGGCAUACUUUAAAGGAACUGGUGGAUGCGAUUAUAGCGAAGCCGGAUGCGUACUACGUGACAUUCGGGACAACCGAUUAUGAGUCGGGUGCAGCGCGGGGGCAGUUUCAGUCGGACCCGCUUCCGCCGCCGCCUAAGGACAAGAAGGACAGAAAGGAUGGAGGGAAAAAUGGUGGUGGGAAGAAUGGUGGGAAGAAUGGUGGUGGGAAGGAUGGUGGGAAGAAUGGUGGUGGGAAGGAUGGUGGGAAGAAUGGUGGGGGCAAGAAUGGAGGCGAUAAGUUCGGCACUUUUGCCGGUAAGCCUAUACUACAGGAAGACGUCUCUGGCACUCUUGCCUCGCCCACUCUUGCCUACCCUACCACGACUCUUGCCGCUAGGAAACAUCCACCCACCGUGCCCCCUCCGGUUCUCCCG